CGUAGGGUUCUCCUUCUACGUCAACGACGCUGGGCGGUUCAUGAAUGGGGUUCUGAAGUGGGAGGGCCCCUCAUCUGACUUUAGCAGGCAGGAGGAAGAAAGUGGGUGUUGUGCUUUGCUGAGAUGCUCCUUCAUGACUGUUUUUAAGCAGCCCAGCAGCGAGCGGUUGUCUGUGUUUGUGGAUUGUAGCGGAGGGAUCUUCAACCCCCAGGGAUAGCAUCCUUCGGCUGAGACGAAGAGGCCUGCGGCCACAGCAGCACCAGCAGCAGCGGAACCAGAGGGAGGCAGAGUCGUGUCGAUGAGCCAUGGGGUUCCGCAAGAAGAACAAGAGCCCACCGGUGCUGAGCCACGAGUUUGUGAUCCAGAAUCACGCCGACAUGGUUUCCUGUUUGGCCAUGAUCAUCCUCCUCGGCCUAAUGUUUGAGGUCACGGCAAAGUUUGCCAUCAUGUUCAUCACAGUCCAGUACAAUGUAACUCAAGUUCUCGAUGAGAAAAGCGAGCCAGUAAACCUUUACCAGUACGGCCCUAAAGAUGUGGCUACAGUGUUUUUCUACCUGCUCAUAGCAGUCAUCCUUCACGCCUUGAUUCAAGAAUAUAUUCUCGAUAAAAUUAAUAGGAGGUUGCACCUGUCGAAGACCAAACACAGCAAGUUUAAUGAGUCUGGCCAGCUAGCAGCAUUCUACCUGUUCUCCUUUAUCUGGGGCUGCAGCAUCCUAACAGCGGAGGAGUUUGCGACAAAUCCCACUUUCUUAUGGGAGGGGUACCCACACACUAGCAUGGUUUUUCAGGUUAAAUUCUUCUACAUUUGCCAAAUUGCCUAUUGGCUCCAUGCACUUCCUGAGCUGUACUUUCAAAAAGUACGAAAGGAGGACAUCCCCCGCCAGCUUUAUUACAUUUGCCUUUACGUUGUCCACAUCUCUGGUGCCUACAUCUUAAACCUCCACCGACUGGGCCUGGUGCUGCUGGUCCCUCACUACCUGGUCGAACUUUUGUUCCACGCUUCACGCCUUUUCUACUUCAGUGACGAGAACAAGCAAAAAGGCUUCACCCUGUGGGCGCUGCUUUUUGUCAUUGCCCGCCUCCUCACCCUCACACUGUCAGUGCUGACAUUUGGCUUUGGUCUGCCCCGUACGGAAAACCACGGUUUUUCCUUGGCAGAAGGCAACUUUAACGUGCUCACCAUCAGGAUGACCUGCCUUGCAGCCAUCUGUCUGACGCAGGCCUGGAUGAUGUGGAAGUUCAUUAAUUUCCAGUUAAAAAAGUGGAGAGAGCACAGCCAGAACCAAGCAUCAAAGAAGAAGACAGUGAGCCCAAAGAGCAAGCCUCAUAAAAGAGAAACUACCAAGGGAGGAGCUGCCAAUGGAGUUGUCAAGUCUGAAGAUAAAAUGUCACCACGAGCAAGAAAAGCCAAAGCUUCAUAAAAUUGGACAAGCUUGGAGAGAUGAGAAAAUAAUUUCUGACAAUGAUUACAGGUGGUUUCAGGCUGCAGGAACCUUUUUAAUAGUUCUCAUAACAGCUUAAGGCGGAUUCCUCUCUUUGUUUGCGCUGCAGGUACCAUGGCCUUCUUGCAGAGCUGCUUUUAACGAGUGUUUUUAAGAUCCUGCUUCAGGAUAUUAGCCCUCCAUCUGCAAUCGGGGCCCGGUUGCAUAUAGAUUGGUAGAGUCAGUUGUUCACUUAGUUAUUGUCUGGUUUUUAGAAAUGCACUCAAACUGUACACAACAGAUUUGAGAACAUUCACCAAAAUGAAGCGAAACACAAGUCAACUGAGAGGAUUUCAAAAUAAAAUAUGCAGGAAAUUCAGAAUUGCAGAAAAAAAAAAUUCAAGAUCAGGUAGAGAAGCAAGUGGUAAAAAUUGACUCAACAUUUUAAGUAUUUAAUUUAGAUAGAAGUUUAGAAACCUUAAGCUUCCAGGGUUUUUUAAAGAUGCUCCAGGCCAGUUCACUGCUUCAUCAAUUCUCACACCCAUUUCUUCUCCACCCACCUCAGUUAUGAGGUAGAGGGUAAUAUUAUGUCCAGGAAACACGACAUUCCCUUUAGAAAGUGGUGCAACAUCAGUUCUGUCCUGACAUGGUUUAUAAUGUGUAAACAGACAUCAGUCCCGAAUCACACAUUCUUUUUAUGUGUUAUAAAGGAAGAGUUAAAAUUUUCUAUUUAAUCUUGUAUUGCUUAUUUAAUAAUCAUAAAGUAUUUAGCAUAUCUAAAUGUUCAUUCAUGGCAGAGUUUAACGAUACCAAUAUUUUGAGGACAAAUUGGCACCAUAUGAAAUUGUGCUACUUUGUAAUUAAUCAUUCAGGCUAAUAUUUAUCAACCACUCAAUGUGAUGUGACUUGGUUCUACCUUGAAUUUAAAAGAACAAUGCUUUUAUUUAGUUUAGGAAACUACUUAUUUAACAGAUUUAUUUUUUCAGGUUCUUAUAUCUUAAUCAGAUUUUUUUCACUGGGGACAAGAAGAUUUCCAGUUCUUUCUGGAAAUCUGUCUCUCUUCACUUUGCCAUGGGCCAGUAACAUUACAGUUCUUAUCUUUGUUAGCGGUCCAAAAAGGGUAGAGUGGGAUUCAGGCAAAAAUGUCUGGUGGAGCUCGCAAAUGAUGGAUCUUCAAAAAUAAUCUGAAUUGUGAAUGUUCUCAUAACAGGUCAACUUGGCUCCACUUGGUCAAGUUGACCUGGUAUGAGAGGUCAAUUCAAAGUCUCAGUCAUGUUCAAGAUGUAAAAAAAAAAUCACUGAAUGACAUCGUACAAUUUAAGUUUCAGGCAACUUUACAAAAACCGGAACCAUGUUUGUCAUGGAAGAUCCAGGAAAAAUUCUCUACUCACUAAAACAAUUGAAUAUUCUCAUAAAUCCUCUAACGGGAACUUCUCAAACACACCCAAAAAAAAGUCUGGUUUGGCCAAAAUGGAGAAAUGACCAGCAAUUUCAGAAAACUGGUGUUUUUUUUGUUGUUGUUGUUUUUUCACACAGAGACCCGGCUCUGGUUUUGUCGUGGCUUUAUUUUGGUGAAUGUUGGAAGCAUAACUGACAUUGCCACAAUGAUCGCCUGGCAACUGCUAUGCAAUCACUGCAUUUUUUUUUUUCUGGCAGUGCAAAUGCAAGCAAAAAAAAAAAAAAGUUGCGUUUCUUAUUACUUUGCUGUAUGGGGGGGUUCCUAUAACUAUAGGUUCUCCAAGAGUUCUUAGAAAAGUUUGGUCAGAAGAAACAUUGUUUCUUAUAAAAUCUAAAAAUGCAUCUGCUGCUCUUUUGGGGAAAACGAAACAAUUUUGUGCACUAAGAAUCCCCCUUUGGGGUUGGAAAAACCCCCCUUUCUGAAAAUUUCAGUGUUACUGUGAGCUGCAAGUGUUCAUUGUUCAUUCGGGUUUGCUGAAUGGGGAUGUUGCCUGCUGGUUUUGACGCUUUAACAUGAUGGAUUUAGAUAUUUGAAGUGUCCUUUUUGUGUAAAACAGCGAUCACUCCUUGGAAAAAAUUUAAAAACGGAGUACUUCUUCAGAUGGAAUCCCUUCAUAAUUCCUUGCAAAGCCAAUACUUGACUUCAGGGGAACAUAAAGUGUUCAGUGCACAGAUUAACAGCACAGGGUGUCAUUUUAAGUGUUGGCCUUGUCGUUAAACAUUCUGCUGUUCUCCAGGAAAAGAUGCAAAAUGAAAUGCGUGAGGCAAAUAUUUGUGAACAACAAAGCCUGUGCUGAACUCUGAGAACAUUUACUGCCAUUAUCUGACGGCCUCUGCCAUUGAAGUCCGACAUGUUUCAGGAUUGAGGCACUUAAAUGUUUCAGUCACUACUCUGGUAUUCAAACCUGGAUUGGGGGUUCGUCCGGGAUGGGAGACUCACCGAGAGUAAUCCGUAAUCUGACUUGUGAUGCUGUACUGUUUGUAUACAGUUAAAUCUUUAUAUCGGCAUGAUGGAAAUUAUGUUUGCUGAGGAUGCAUUUUGGUCUUUUCUAUGGCAAUGCAUGAUGGUUUCAGGCUAACGGCUUUUACGGCUAGUUCCUUGUGCUGUUGAGUUUGCAUCUUUUACAUACUACUACAAACACACAAACAUUAAGUGACCUUUUUUAACAACUGCUGCAAGAUGUUUCAGUUAUUUAUUUUUGUCAUAAACAACAGAGUUAUUAUUUUAUAUGCUUUUAAAAGCUAUAACCAGCAAACACAGUGGUACAUAGCAACUGCAUUUACUCAAUCCAAACAAAACAAUCUUUCUUCAAGUGUCCUUACAAAUGCUGAGGGUUUAUAUCACUCCUUCUGUUUGCGUUUUUUUGCAACCCUUUGGUAUCAGGGGACAAGCUAUUUACCGCUCACACCAUAACUUGCGUCCCAUGGUUCAAUGGGAGGUGUGUUUGUGAGGGACUGUGUUUUGUAUGCGUGUGCACUUGUUCUCGUGCGUGUACAGUGUUGUUUAGCUCGUAAAUUAUAGCUGGGAAUGAUGGUUUAUUGCUUGUCUUGUUUAAAGGAAAAAAAAAAACAUGCCUGUGUGCGGAGCAUGGAAAAGUGACAAUCUGUUCAAUGACUCCUGCCUGUUGUUGGAUAUUUUUAUUAUUUUUUUCUGUUCACCACUGAUAUUAUACUUUUUAUCUGUUCUGGUAUGACCUGCCUAAGGCUCCCAAAAUGCUUCUGUGUGUAAAAACACUGAAUUGUGGAUACUUGUGUUUUGUUUUUGUUUGUUUUGUUUCUUUGGUUGGUGCGAUACUAAAUGCUUCUGUGUUUAAUGUGUCUGCCCUGCCACUUGUGGCAUGCUCUUGUCUCCCUGCCUCGCCUUUUCAAUGAUCCUGGCAUUGCCCAUGCACCCUUUAUGAUCAUAGAUGAGGUUUCUGUGCACAAGAUGUCCCUUGCCAGGAAAGUCUGAACUAAAUGGCUGCUAGCAGAGUAGAGACUAAGAUUGAUUGGUUAUAACAGCCCUAAAUAUUCCAUGGUUUCAAAAUAUUAACACACAAAUGUUAAACAUGCUCUAUAGGCUCUUAUUUUAAAAACAAAAGCAACAAUUAUUCCUACCAAUUGUACAAUAAUAUAUUACAUCUAUAAUUGGGGAUGUCCCAGUCCCCAAUUUUUUUUAAUAAUUAACUUUUUGAGUCCUUAAUAUAACAUACAUAUUGAUAUCUAGUGUUGAUAUACUGUCUGCAGUUAAACUGUUUGAUUUCCAUGCCAUUUUUUAAAAUUAUGGCCUAUUUAGUUCACAACACUUGAAGAAAAGUUUGCACGAAGUUAUUUGUUGAUCAAACCUGAAAUUUCUGUUUAGCUUUGAAGCCUUUUCCACCCAGUGGUUUUCUGCUCACAACGGAGAACAAUGGCAUUACGAUUUACAACUCCAAAAA